AUGAAGGUAAAAAGGAGAUGCAGGGUAACUGAUAGACCCAGACCGCCGACCCAGACCGCCGACCCGGACCGCCGACCCGGACCGCCGACCCGGACCGCCGACCCGGACCGCCGACCCGGACCGCCGACCCAGGACCGCCGACCCAGACCGCCGACCCAGACCGCCGACCCAGACCGCCACUCACCUAAACUGUUGUCCUUGGUGCUUUUCUCCUGCAGCUGUUCUAACCCAACUGGUAACAACAGAUUAGAGAGAGGAUGUGACUAAAACAAGGUCAACUGAAGGGCUUGCUGAGAACCAUGUUUCCCUGCUGGGUUUGGUUUUCCUACACAGUGACAUUACAGGAGUAGAGGCAUAAAUCGAGAGAGUGUGGAUCGAUAAACCAUGCAUAUUUUAUGACCACGAAGCAAAGGUCUGCAGCACCAGUGUGUGUGUGUGUGUUAUAUUACCUUGCAGGGCAGUGAGGCGCUCGUUAGUGAAGUCGUUAUCAGCCUGCAGGGCCUCAAUACGAGCCUGUAGAGUCUGUUCCUUCUCCUCCUUCUCCUCAAUACAAAGCUGCAGCUCCUUCUUCUCCAGCUGACCCUUCUGAGUCAACUCCUCCUGGCGGCCCUCUGCCAGCUACACACAGGAACACACACAGGGAGUAUGCUAUGGGGACUUUUGGUUGGGAUGGUCACAUCAAGUCAAGGCAAUUUCACUGAUCUCUGCCACAUCAAGUCAAGGCUUUUUCCCCAUCCCCAACCCCUGGCCCUUCUCCCCAUCCCCAACCCCUGGCCCUUCUCCCCAUCCCCAACCCCUGGCCCUUCUCCCCAUCCCCAACCCCUGGGCCCUUCUCCCCAUCCCCAACCCCUGGCCCUUCUCCCCAUCCCCAACCCUUCUCCCCAUCCCCAACCCCUGGCCCUUUUCCCCAUCCCCAACCACUGGACCUUCUCCCCAUCCCCCAACCCCUGGCCCUUCUCCCCAUCCCCAACCCCUGGCUCUUUUCCCCAUCCCCAACCCCUGGCUCUUCUCCCCAUCCCCAACCCCUGGCUCUUCUCCCCAUCCCCAACCCCUGGCUCUUCUCCCCAUCCCCAACCCCUGGCUCUUCUCCCCAUCCCCAACCCCUGGCUCUUUUCCCCAUCCCCAACCCCUGGCUCUUCUCCCAUCCCCCAACCCCUGGCCCUUCUCCCCAUCCCCAACCCCUGGCUCUUCUCCCAUCCCCAACCCCUGGCCCUUCUCCCCAUCCCCCAACCCCUGGCCCUUCUCCCCAUCCCCAACCCUGGCCCUUCUCCCCUCCCCAACCCCUGGCCUUUUCCCCAUCCCCAACCCCUGGCCUUCUCCCCAUCCCCAACCCCUGGCCCUUCUCCCAUCCCCAACCCUGCCUCUUCCCCAUCCCCAACCCCUGGCCUUUCCCCAUCCCCAACCCCUGGCCCUUUCUCCCCAUCCCCAACCCUGGCCCUUUUCCCCAUCCCCAACCCCUGACCUUUCCCCAUCCCAACCUGCCUUUCCCCAUCCCCAACCCCUGGCCCUUCUCCCCAUCCCCAACCCCUGGCCUUCUCCCCAUCCCCAACCCCUGGCCCUUCUUCCCCAUCCCCAACCCCUGGCCCUUCUCCCCAUCCCCCCCCUGCCUUCUCCCCAUCCCCAACCCCUGGCUCUUCUCCCCAUCCCCAACCCCUGGCCCUUUCUCCCCAUCCCCAACCCCUGGCCCUUCUCCCCAUCCCCAACCCCAACCCCUGGCCUCUUUCCCCAUCCCCAACCCCUGGCCUUCCUCUCUCCCCAUCCCCACCCCUGGCCCUUCUCCCCAUCCCCCAACCCACCCUGGCCCUUCUCCCCAUCCCCAACCCCUGGCCCUUUCCCCAUCCCCAACCCCUGGCCUUCUCCCAUCCCCAACCCCUGGCCCUUCUCCCCAUCCCCAACCCCUGGCCUUCUCCCCAUCCCCAACCCUGGCCCUUCUCCCCAUCCCCAACCCCUGGCCCUUCUCCCCAUCCCCAACCCCUGGCUCUUCUCCCCAUCCCCAACCCCAUGGCCCUUCUCCCCAAUCCCCAACCCCAACCCUGGCCCUCUCUCCUCCCCAUCCCCAACCCCUGGCCCUUCUCCCCAUCCCCAACCCCUGGCCCUUCUCCCCAUCCCCAACCCCUGGCCCUUCUCCCCAUCCCCAACCCCUGGCCUUCUCCCCAUCCCCAACCCCUGGCUCUUCUCCCCAUCCCCAACCCCUGGCCCUUUCCCCCCAUCCCCAACCCCAACCCCUGGCCCUUCUCCCCAUCCCCAACCCCUGGCCCUUCUCCCCAUCCCCAACCCCUGGCCUUCUCCCCAUCCCCAACCCCUGGCUCUUCUCCCCAUCCCCAACCCCUGGCCCUUCUCCCCAUCCCCAACCCCUGGCUCUUCUCCCCAUCCCCAACCCCUGGCCCUUCUCCCAUCCCCAUCCCCAACCCCUGGCCCUUUUCCCCACUCCCAACCCCUGGCCUUCUCCCCAUCCCCAACCCCUGGCUUUCUCCCCAUCCCCAACCCCUGGCCCUUCUCCCCAUCCCCCAACCCCUGGCCCUUCUCCCCAUCCCCAACCCCUGGCUCUUUCCCCAUCCCCAACCCCUGGCCCUUUCCCCAUCCCAUCCCCAACCCCUGGCCUUCUCCCCAUCCCCCAACCCCUGGCCCUUCUUCCCCAUCCCCAACCCCUGGCCCUUCUCCCCAUCCCCAACCCCUGGCCCUUCUCCCCCAUCCCCAACCCCUGGCCCUUUCCCCAUCCCCAACCCCUGGCCCUUCUCCCCAUCCCCAACCCCUGGCCUUCUCCCCAUCCCCAACCCCUGGCCCUUCUCCCCAUCCCCAACCCCUGGCCCUUCUCCCCAUCCCCACCCCUGCCUUCUCCACCUCCCCCAACCCCUGGCCCUUCUCCCCAUCCCCAACCCCUGGCCCUUCUCACCCAUCCCCCCCACCCCUGGCCUUUUCCCCAUCCCCAACCCCUGGCCUUUUCCCCAUCCCCAACCCCUGGCCCUUCUCCCCAUCCCCAACCCCUGGCCCUUUUCCCCAUCCCCAACCCCUGGCCCUUCUCCCCAUCCCCAACCACCCUGGCCCUUUCCCCAUCCCCAACCCCUGGCUCUUUCCCCAUCCCCAACCCCUGGCCCUUCUCCCCAUCCCCAACCCCUGCCCCUUCCCUCCCCACCCCAUCCCCAACCCCUGGCUCUUUUCCCCAUCCCCAACCCCUGGCCCUUCUCCCCAUCCCCAACCCCCUGGUCCCUUCUCCCCAUCCCCCAACCCCUGGCCCUUUUCCCCAUCCCCAACCCCUGGCUCUUUUCUCCCCAUCCCCAACCCCUGGCCCUCUCCCCAUCCCCAACCCCCUGGCCCUUCUCCCCAUCCCCAACCCCUGGCUCUUUUCCCCAUCCCCAACCCCUGGCCCUUCUCCCCAUCCCCAACCCCUGGCUCUUCUCCCCAUCCCCAACCCCUGGCCCUUUCCCCAUCCCCAUCCCCAUCCCCAACCCCUGGCCCUUCUCCCCAUCCCCAACCCCUGGCUCUUCUCCCCAUCCCCAACCCCUGGCCCUUCUCCCCAUCCCACCCCUGGCCCUUCUCCCCAUCCCCACCCCUGGCUCUUCUCCCCAUCCCCAACCCCUGGCCCUUCUCCCCAUCCCCAACCCCUGGCCCUUCUCCCCAUCCCCAACCCCAACCCCUGGGCCCUUCUCCCCAUCCCCAACCCCUGCUCUUCUCCCCAUCCCCAACCCCUGGCCCUUCUCCCCAUCCCCAACCCCUGGCCCUUCUCCCCAUCCCCAACCCCUGGCCCUUCUCCCCAUCCCCAACCCCAACCCCUGGCCCUUCUCCCCAUCCCCAACCCCUGGCUCUUCUCCCCAUCCCCAACCCCUGGCCCUUUCCCCAUCCCCAUCCCCAACCCCUGGCCCUUCUCCCCAUCCCCAACCCCUGGCCCUUCUCCCCAUCCCCAACCCCUGGCUCUUCUCCCCAUCCCCAACCCCUGGCCCUUUUCCCCAUCCCCAACCCCUGGCUCUUUUCUCAAGGAAUCGUUACUCGAUUUCUUGGAUCCUAUCUCCUCUCCUCCUUCUCAAAACCCAUUGGAGAAGGUGGUCAGAGGGGAGGGACCCUGCACCUUAUUGGAGAAGGUGGUCAGAGGGGAGUGACCCUGUACCUUAUUGGAGAAGGUGGUCAGAGGGGCGGGACCCUGUACCUUAUUGGAGAAGGUGGUCAGAGGGGAGGGACUCUGAAGGAGGCGAGGAGAUAGGAGGCGAGGAAUAACGCUAAUUGAGAUAGGCCACUACGUCCACUACCUUGAUCUUGUCAGUGAGGUCUUUGAUCUCGUUGA